AAAAUCUAAAUUCUCGAAAAUUUUACAUUUUAAGGUGAAAAUAUGGAAACAAAGGGGACUCUAACGUACGAGGAGGAUACAUGUCGCAUCUGUAUGGCGCAGCAAUCCGGCGUGAUUGAUAUAAAUUCCAGUAUUUCCAAUAAAAGCGCCCGAAUUAUCGACAUGAUCAGAUUCUGUUUCGACAUUGAGCUCGUUAUUCAUGAUGCCCUGCCGAAUUUCAUAUGCAACGAAUGCGCAUUGCACUUGAACGUGGCUUUCAAUUUGAAGGGAAAGUGCUUGCAGACCGAAAAAUUCUUCUUGAACUUUUUGAAUCUCGACAAUUUGGACUCCAAGACGAAUUUGUUGUCACUUUUGCAGCCCACUGAACCUCCAAAUGUCGAACCACAGCCGAAUAACGCACAAAAAGCGGCACCUCCGCCUCCCCAACCACCGGAACAAGAUCCAGUACCGCAAACCAGUGAGCCGGCGAAACCCACAAAUGAUGCAGACGACGCCGAACCAGCGGUAAAAUACAUUCGCCCGAAUUUAAUGGCGUAUUUCAGUCAAGACACGGUAAUCGAGUUAUCAGACACGGAUUCUGAUACGGAUGAUGAAGGUGCGACUCCUCCUGCGACGCCUGUACCGGGCAGAAAUGAUGCGACGCCACCGCCAGAACUACCUCCGGAGCCUCAACCGAUGGAUAUUCGUGAUGCUCCCACUCCGCCACCGAUCACAAGUCACGAAGAAACAACGAAAAAGAUGGAAACUUCCGAAAUUGUCGCUCCCAAGAAACCCGCUAAAGAGCCUCCUCUUGCCAAGAAAGGUACGUACGAAUGUCCCGCAUGCUCUUUGCAGUGCAACGACAUGUUCACGUUCAAUAGUCACGUGAAAAGUCACGAGAAAAAAGAGUGCAAAGUUUGUCACAAAGUCUGCAUCAAUCUCACGGGGCUCGUAAAUCAUUUCCGAAUGCACCGACAAAAUUUGACGAAAAUCAAGUGUCCAAAUUGUGAUUUCACCAGUAAUUUAAAGGCCUCCGUCAUCACCCAUAUUCGAAUUCAGCACAAUGAGGGCGAUCAGGAAAACCCCGAUGACGCACGAAAACCCGUUAGUUGCGUAUUUUGUGACAUGCAUUUUGGCAAAGUCGAGGAAUUCCGGAUGCAUCUCAAAAAAGAACACAAUGUUGUCGUACAAAACAAUGCCGAAGCACGAAAACACAGUAAAACAAGCUCAACGAGUGUUCUCAAGUGCGGUGAAUGUUCGCGCCAAUUCAAAAGCACAAAUAGUUUCGCUAUUCACAUGAGACUUCACGAAAAAAGCAAGUUGCAAUAUUGCUACGUGUGCAAAUUGAGUUUUAAACAUAACAUGUACUUGCACUUUAAGAUUUGUCAUCCGGGUUUGCCGCCGUACAAGUGUUCCAAUCACUGCAACGAAACAUUCACCAACCAAAAGGCAUUCCUCACGCACAAGGGAAUCGAUAUCGUGAGCAAUAAGAGGAGUUCGGGAGACGAUUUAGCUCCUAUCGCUGCCAGAAGGGACUCAACAACGCCGAUUUUCGUCAAAAAAGCUCGUUAUUCGGUGCCAGCAAAUCAAUUUAGAUCAUCUGCAUUGGAAUUACCACCUGUUGGAUAUUCUUACGUGCCGAUCGGACAAACAAUCUCGUACGAAUGCUACAUUUGCGAUGUGAAACUCGAAUCAGAAGCGCUGCUGUCCGAACACAUUGACAAUCACGAGGUGAAAAAGUGCAAAAAAUGCAGUCGAAUUUUCGGGAAUUCGCGUGCUUUGAUUGGGCAUUGCAAGCUGAAGCAUCCCAAAGUGGAGUCAAUUGAAACGUACCAGUGUCUCGAGUGUGGAAAUGAUUUUAUCUCGUUUGGCGGACUAAAACGUCAUCAAUUUUCGCACAAAAUAUCCGCGGAAAGCGAAAUAAUUACGCCCGAUACACCCGAUGAAAAUUCAGCUUGACUUACCUCGUUC